CCUUCUAAACCCAAUUUUCAAUGAGUAUCUCUCCAUUCCCAUUUUGGUUUCCCCCCAAAAAAAACCCGCUGAAUUGAAUCAAUUUUUCCACCAAAAAUAAUCUCAAAGUUCUUCACUCUUCAUUCAUUCAAAUAGUUUCAGCCAUGAAAUUCAAGGCCUUCGUCACCGACAACGGCGUCAACCUCCUCGAGAAGCGGUUCCUCCCCGUUCUCGAGAAAACCGGAAAAUCCUGCCACCUCUACCUCACGCGCGAUCACGCGCUCUUCCUCCACAACCUCCUCAACGGCGACGGAGUUCACUCCGUCGCGCAGUUCCGCAAGGAGGCGCUCUUUCACGACUACCGCAUCUCCAGCAACAACGACGACCGCAUCGCCUUCGCCCUCGACCUCUCCCUCCUCCUCCGCGCCCUCCGCAGCGCCGUCGCCAUCGCCUCCGAGUACUCCGCUUCCUCCUCCACUGCCACGCGCCUCGAGAUCAAGCUCGUCAAGAAACUGUCCCCGAACUCCACCCAGUCCAUGCCCUUCCUCACGCUGGAAACGCGUGGCUAUAAGUCCGCUGUGAUUCAGGACAUUCCCAUCUCCAAACCCUUGUCGCGGGCGCAGGUUACCGAGCUUCAGAACGCGCUCGAUUCGGCGCAGGAUCUCCCUCCAACACUCGUUCAGGUGCCUGAUUCGAAUCAAUUGUUGAACUUGGUGGAUCGGAUGAAGCAAGUGGGAGAUGUUGUGAAUGUGUUCAUAAGUAAGCAUGGGGAUUUGAGCGUGCAGGUUUCAACCACACUGAUCAGUCUGGGUGCUGAGUUUCGGAGACUGGUGGUGAUUGGAGAGCAAACAAACGCCCCUUCUGAAGAUCAAAAUGUCAGUGCUCAGACACGAUCGUCAAGGUCCAUUUCAAGAGGAGAUGGACAAUCUGUGCAAGUGAGUGUGAAGCACUUCGCCAAGAGCCUCCAGUGUCACUUGGCCAGACCAGAUUGUGCUUUCUACGGGAUUGGUCCACAGGGCAGUUGCCUCACAGUGAUAUUUCAGUUCUUCAUUCCAGGCACUCGCGAGACUGAUAAAUCAAUCAGCUUGCAUUGCAGGCUUCCUGUUCUUGAUUCCGGUUCUGGCUAAACACCAACACUCUUCCUGUUAUGUAAGUUUCUUUUUUAUAGCCUCAGAAAUUGAGUUGAGAAAAUGUCAAGUUGUUAUUGUUUAUAAUGACUACUGUGAUAAGCCUUUUAACUAGAAUAGCGAACUAAUUUCUUGUAUGUAUGACAAAGUUUACAUUAUAUAGUUGAAUAAUGUGACAGAUUAAUAUGUUA